CACGCGCGCACACACUCUCGCUCUUACUCUCACACACAUAUACACACUCUCUCUGGAGUUGUAAUGUGACGCAGAGAAACACACAGUCAGACCACACACAGCUCUCCGCUUCACACACACACACACACACACACACGCGAGAUUUCUCCAGUACAGGAGAGUUUCUCCAGAGCCGCUGCAGCUCCUGCACGAGCCCGCGUCUGCAGCCAAUAAACAGCAGAAUCAGCGCGAGGAGCGCAGGAGGGACUUUCAGAGGAGGGUCUCGGUGUGUGUGUGUGUGUGCGCGCGCGCGCGUGUGUGUGUGUGAGCAGCCGAGCGUGAAACAGAGAGCCAGGGAAACAAAGACAAGCAGGACAAGCAGCAGAAACACACUCAAGAACACGGCAAAGAUCCUCUCAGCGCUACUCCACAACUCCAGCGCUCUGAGCCGACACCGGAGAGCAGCAGAUCAGGGCAGAUAACUCUGUUUGGUUUCUCUCUCUCUCCUGAAAGCUCUUCAUUGUGCACUAAAUGCGCGUCUGUUUCGGCUGAAAUCGAUCCUCGGGCUCUACGCAAUGCAACCGCGUUCGUUUCCCACGCGUUCGUCCCGGUUGUGCGCGCGCGUUUUCCGCUAUUUAUGUCGCUUCACCUGAAGGAGUGCACAUGCAGACAUGGGGAGCAUCCUCGCGUUUUUCAUCUCGUUGCUCAUGACGCUGGACGCACAGUUGGUUUGCUGGCAGGCGCUGAUCAGAUGCCAUGAGGAGCGCGACUGCGAGCUCGCCUAUAACCAGUAUCUGACUGCGUGCGAUGGGAAUAUCCGCGGAAGCAGAAAACAGUGUCCGAGCCACUGCAUCAGCGCACUCAUCCGCCUCAAUCAGACCUCCAGCGGGACGCAUUUGGAGAGCUGCGACUGCGGGAUCGAUGUGGAGUGUUUGCGGGCUAAACGCGCCAUCGAACCGUGCAUGCCGCGCACGCAUCCCGGUGAUGCAGAGGGAAUGGGAUGCACCGAAGCGCGCCAGCGGUGCGAAGAAGAACCAAGGUGUCAGGAGUCGCUAAACGCGUAUUUAUCCCGCUGCGGACAGCUGUUUAACGGGAGAAAGUGCUCGUCCCGCUGCAAAUCAACCAUAGAGGAGCUGCUGUUCAUGCCCAAUGGAGUCCUGCUGAACCAGUGCGUGUGCGACGGGCUGGAGAGGCCGUUCUGCGAGGUGGUCAAACAAAACAUGGCUAAACUGUGCGCCAUAGGAGACCACAGCAUCUCCAUUGAGCAUGAUGGAACAGAUGAUUUAUACGAGGAUGAGGAUUAUGAGGGGAAACCCGACGGUGAGGUGACUGACUCUGACGCGGUGUCCAUUUCCAGUGCGCUUACUUUCACUCCACAGGUUGUUUUGAUCUGCAUUGGAUUCGCUCUAGCUGGAUUUUAGAGGGAUUUUCGACUGGAAAUCUACAUUUUUUGUCAUCAUUUACUCGUUCAAGUGGAUCUAAAUGUAAAAUUCUGUCUUCUGUUGGACUUAAAAGUAGAUAUUCUGAUGAAUGUUUGCCAUUGGCGUCUAUUGUAGGAACAAUACAACCUACUACUGAAGCUCUCCCCCUGGGAUUCUCCAGCUUUAGAGAUCAAAUGAAGAAACGCAUGAAGGUUUUGGGGAUUUGUUAAUCAUGACAAUUUCUAAAGCAGGAAUACACUACGAUAUUUAAAAUCUUCCCAACUUUAAACACAGUUUUGAUCGUCAUAGUGUGGUUUAAAACAACAUGUAUAUAAUAAUAACAGCACGCGACUGCACAUUCUGUCAUCAUUCACUCACUGUAAAUGUGCAUUUCUGUCUACUGUUGGACAUAAAAGUAGAUAUUCUGAAGAAUGUUGGCCUUUGAGGGCGCUGUGGUGGCGCAGCAGAUAUAGUGCUGAAGCCUUACAGCAAGAAGGUCGCUGGUUCAAGCCUCGGCUAAGUCUGUUUCUGUGUGGAGUUUGCAUGUUCUCCUCGUGUUCGCAUGGGUUUCCUCCGGGUGCUCCGGUU